AUUCAUUUUAACUGUUGGCAUUUUGUAACAUUUCUGUUUGAUGAAGAUUGUUUUGGGUUGUGAUUAAAGAUGAGGUUAACGGCGUUUCUUUUAAAGAGAAAACUUCCUCGAGGUCACAUUUUUAGAGGGAAGUACAGAUUGGUGAAGCAAGUUGAUGCGAAAGGAAGGGCAGACCUUAGACAUGCCUAUGCCAUAGAGGAACAAAACAUGUUUUACCUACGACACCCUUACCUCUCUGUGGAGCAGUCGCGGGGCCACGCCGCGGCCCUCGGCAAGCCCCAGGAGUGGCUGGACAGGUUCCGGCAGAUCCGCACCAGGCCGUGGCGAGAGUCCGUCACCCUGGAGGAGCGCCUCGCCCACUUGCGCUGCAAGGAGGCCUGGGACUAGUCUCGCCGUUACCCUGCGUGUACUUGGACCGCAUUCAAAUAUUGAGACCAGCACAUUUUUCAUUUCAGAGAACAGGCUAUAUUUAGAAAAUAAAACAAUACGGUGUUACAUAAAUGCAA